ACCUUAAACAAACAAACAAAAAAAUAUAUAGAUAAUGGCUACAUCUUCAUGUCUACCUACAUUUUUGAUGAUAGGCAUCCAACUUGGAUAUGCAGGUAUGAACCUUCUGUCCAAAGCAGCAAUGAACAAUGGUAUGAGCCCUUAUGUUCAUGUGGCGUACCGACAAACAACUGCUGCACUUGUUAUGUGUCCAAUUGCUUAUCUCACAGAAAGAAAAACAAGACCAAACAUGACACUGGCAAUACUUUUUAAGAUUUUCCUAUGUUCUAUCCUUGGGGGAUCAAUAAACCAAAUCACCUAUGUAGUAGGCCUAAAACAUUGUAACACCACUGUGGCCUCAGCGUUAACAAAUUUAACUCCUGCCUUCACUUUUAUUCUUGCUGUCCUCACUCGACAUGAAAUAGUGAGCUUUAGGAGGAGGGCUGGAAUUGCAAAAAUACUCGGUACUUUACUGAGCAUCGGAGGUGCAAUGAUGUUAUCAGUUUACCAUGGUCCGAUAGUGCCCAUUGGCCAACCAAAGAUUCACUGGACAUUUCUAGAGGACAUUACAGCCAACAAAAGCAGUACAGGCCAACAUAAUUACUUGGGUCCUCUGCUUGUCGUGACCAGUGCUCUAUCCUGGUCUAUCUGGUCAAUAGUCCAAACAAAAGUAAACCUUGAGUAUGCAGCCACAUAUUCAAGCACAGCCUUGAUGUGCUUGAUGUCCAGCUGCAUAUGCUUGGUAAUUGGCUUUAUCAUUGACCACGAUAAGUCUGACUGGUCAUUGACAAGCAGCGGCAUUAGAGCUAUCUCCUCAGUUUAUUCAGGCGUUUUCUGCUCAGCCCUAUCAUAUUUCGUGAUGAGCUGGUGCAUCGAGAGGAAGGGUGCAUUUUUUGUGUCCAUCUUCAAUCCCUUACCAAUCAUCAUUGUUGCCAUAUGCAGUUGGCUCCUACUUGGAGAAAAGAUAUUCACAGGAACAGUCGUAGGAUCAAGCCUAAUUAUUUUGGGACUGUUUACAGUGUUAUGGGGUAAUUGGUUCGAGUCCAAGCAAGAAAAGGUAUGGCCAGGGGAACAUUUGGAGUCUAGGAAAGAAGAUUUGACAAAGGCGUCACCAGUUUAGAUUCUGUCUACAACUGUACUUCAGCAUUACGCAUGAGCUAGUAUUCAUGGUUGUGCAGUGUCCGCCAGUUAAUUCAUCAAUAUCAUCGUACAAACUAUAUAUUCUACGGAUGAUGUUUACCUGCUCUAUUUCUGUUUUAUAUAUUCAAUCGUUACGAAUUGAAGGAUAAGUGAAAUCCUAGUGAGGAUUUGAAAAGGUGAUAUGCCUGUUUGUAUUCUAUGAAUGUAAUAUUUGUACUCUUGUAUCACCACACUACAAAAAAUGGAUCAAAUUGUGGGGUUAAUUUUACAGUUAUUACGAAGGUAUUCAAAACCCUCGGAAUACGAGCCGUCACAAACAAUUUGCGGCGGGUUUUUUCCAACCCCAUAAUUAAUUUGCAGCGGUUACGACCCCCUUAAUUAAUUUGCGGCGGUUAUUGACCCCCGUUAUUCUAAAUUUAAUUUUUUCAUAAUUAACUUUUAUUUAAAACU